AUGACAUCCUCAACAUCUGCAAAUAUCGGACAGGCAGUUCAGACUCGAAAUUCUAAGCCGUCAAGUCUUAACGUUUAUAUGGAUCCAGAAUCAAAUGAGACGAAAACAUGGUCAAAGUCUCUUCCUACACCGGAUUUUUUGAACGUUGGAAGGACUCCAUUACCAUUUCCUCCACCGCUCAAUCGAGAAAUGUUUUCUACACCCGAUUUCAACUGUGACCAUUUCCUAGCAAAUAGGCGUCACUUAACUUUGGAUGAAUUGAAAAAAGAAUUGAAUGUGCAUUUAAAAAGCUUGAAAAGCGAACUUGUGGAAAUGAUCAAUAGAGAUUAUGCUAGUUUCGUGGAUCUCUCUACAAAUUUAAAAGGUGUGGAUAAAGUCAUUGAAGAAGUUGCAAGACCACUCGGAAAAAUGAGAGAAGAAAUUCAGGCAUGUUAUUGUUGA